AUGGAAAGUGCUAGAUUAUCCAAUUAUUUAGAGGCAGCAUACAUCCCACCACAAAAGCCUACCAUAAAGCAAGAGGUUCCUUCGUAUCAUCCAUGCUUAAUUGUUCAAGAUAAGCAAACUGACGUAACAAAAUUGAAACCUUGCGGUUGUGCCGAUAGUUAUUGUGUGAAAAAUGCACCAAAAUGGAUUCCUAGAGCUAAAUAG